AUGAAGAAAUUAAAUGCCAUAACUGACGAUCACUGCGACUACUGCUUCUGCUCAGAAGAUUUGCCUCAUAUUUUAUAUACAUGUCCACAAAUUGUGCAGGAAGCAUCUGACCUAAAACAUCUGCAACAUAAAAGGUAUGUAGCUGCAGUUUUAAAGAGUUAUCUGAAGUCGUUGCAGUCUAUGGAAGCAUUUGAGAGUUGGAACCAACACGGAUACCAGUCUUCCGAUCGGUCAGUUUAUGCAUUUUCUAGAGGGCUCAUUCGAAGUAUGAGUCAGGAUCAUGAUCAUUUUCUUAAUUUACGCAUGUUGGAAGAAUGGCUACGAGUAAAUCCCACUUUCCUGAUAUUGUGGCGUGAUGUUUUCACUUACGUGUAUAGCAAAAAGUCUUCGAAGUCUUUUAAAUCGGGAAUUGGCUUGUCCUGCAAUUUACUACCAGUAUUAGAUGGUUUAGCGACUGGCACGAAUUAUACGCCAAUUUUAGACAUUCCACAUAUUAUAUUUGUGAACAGCAAUUUACCGAAUGAGUAUCGCAAUAAAUGGCGUUUUUUGUUUUCAUCAAAAAUUAUGGGCGAGAGUUUUUCAACAAUGCUUGCUAAAAUUGUCAAUAAGGGGCCUACGCUCCUGGUCGUUGAAGAUGAGGAUCGUUACGUUUUUGCAGGAUUCUGUCCAGUGUCGUGGUCCUUAAAAUCACAGUUUUUUGGCAAUGAAAGUUCAAUGCUGUAUACGUUGAGUCCUGAGAUGCGUUGUUUUAACUCAACUGGAUACAAUGAUCACUAUCAAUAUUUGAAUUUAAAUCAGCAAACGAUGCCCAACGGAUUG